GGAGAGCUAUAAAAGACCGACGGAGUGAUUUCUUAUUCAUCUGCUACUUUAAACCUUCCAACUAACUCACAAUUUGCAGAAACUUGACAAACCCAAUACUGAAAAUGCAAGUCUUCAUUAUCCUUGGCUUGUGCAUUGCUGCUGCCUCCGCUGGAGUCGUUAGCCAUACUCGAUGCGGUGGCGUGGGAACGUUCAGGGAAAUUCGAAUUCAAAAUUGCGAAGGAGCCAUUGCCAACAUGACACCCGGUAGCCCUUAUCCCUGCGAAGGAGAUAUGGUAGCCAGCACUGCUGCUUGUGCACUCCGCCUUAAGGUCACCGCCACCUACCUCGGUUUUCCAGUAUCUAUCAUUGACACUGUCCUGGAGAACUCUUCAGUCCAACCAGGUGUCCAAUACACUGUUAGGUUCACAAUAACCCCCAAUGAUAUACUUUCCGGUAACUGCAUACCAGUAAGAGUUGAGGUGAGCAAUGAAUGCACAGGUCUUGUCGAGUGCUGCUUCAGCGUGCAAGUAUGUAUCGACUAAGUUUCUUUAUAAAAAAUUCUUUAAAUUAUUUUGAUCGUGAAUUGUCAGAAAUUCGAAAGAAAAAGUUUUUACUGUUAAUUACAGUCUGUAAUAUGAAUUCAGUUGUAUGCACUUUAUUCUAUCACAAUACAUGUAAAAAAUAUCCGGGAUAAAUAAUAAAAUUAGUACAAAUUGACAUUUCAA